AUGCAGAGCACCUGCAAUAGAAGAAAGACCGUCUCUGCCUGUGUUUCUUUGCUUGGAAUCCGCCCCGCUAAGCCACUCAAGCACGGGGAAGAAAACAACCGUCACCAGAUCUUCUACAAGCACGGCGUGCGGCUGGUGGAGGCGGCAGAGAUCCAGCUCGAAUCGCUGGGAAGCCCGGCCACCUACGCGGUGUUCAUCCUCCCUUACCUGCUCUUGGCUCUGGCGCUGUGGCUUGAUAUGGGGAAGCUAGACGUGACGUCACGCUUGUUCCCCCCCUCGGGUAACGCCUGCGACGACUCCGGGGUUUGCAGCUGGAAUGUUACGGGCGCUCCCAUACACAACAGCUUUCUUGUGGUGAAGGGCGACUUUGACUUUGAGGUGGUUGAUGGCCUCGUCACGCCGUCACCGUCGGAUGGGGUUGCGACCGGCGGCGGCGGCGGCGGCGGAGGCGGCGGAGGCGGCGAGGGUGAUGCUGUAGACGGGCAGGAGGGUGCGGGCGGGCAACGAAGCCGCCGAGGGUUGGCCAUCGAAGAUGUUGGUGGUGGUGACGAGGAGAUGACGGAGGGGCGGAGGAGGGGUCUGAUGCUGCCGUUUCGGAACAGGGGGGUCCAGCAAGAUGCUGACGAUGAUGUGGAACAGCUUGCCCUGGGGGUUGCUCUUGAGAUCUUGAACUGCCACCCUAGCGAAAUGGAGUGCGACACGUCGACGCUGGGGAGGGUGGUGUUGGACUCGAUCGGAAUCAUCGGGCACCAUUCCGAGUAUGCAGUGAAGGCGACGAUCUUGGCCAUACAGGGCGGGCAGCCUAUUCUGGGUGGGGGCGGUCUUGUAGCGCGGUCAACGACAUUCAAGGUGGAGACGGAAAGCCGCGUCUACUCGGAGGUCCGAUCCAUGGCGCGCCUUCCGCUGCUCGCCCUUACGGCGUUUCUGCUGCUGUACUGGAUGACGCGAGGGUUCGGCGGUGCCGGCGGGGAGCGAGACCCGGCCCCGUCUGCAAUCGUGCCGGAACGACGUUACAUCACGAUGCUACUCUUCGGGCUGUUGCUUUGGCAAAACCCCGUGAUGGCCGUGGAAGACUGGUUGCUCGGGCCCUCCUCCUUCGACACCGGACCAUGGCGCUGGGUGCAGCUAUGCAGAGACCUCUGCCAGUUUACCGGCAUGCAGGUAAUGUGGCUGUGCUGGAUCUGUCUCAUGGAUGGGCAGCACUUCGUGAGAAAGAGGUCUCAACGGUCGGACUCCUCUUUCGACGGAAGUGCCACAGCCGCGGGCGUUGCCUACCGGCAAGUGGCUGGAGAAGAUGGAGACGCCUCGGUCGAUACGAAAGGGGGUGAAUCCGCCGCGUCCCCUUGUUUCCUCAAAGACGAUUACCCGCCUCACCACCCCAAGUCGGAUAGCUUCAUCGACUUCAUCCUGCCGAAGGUGCUGUAUGGGUUUCUCUCUCUGCUGGUGGGCGUGGCCGUGAUGCUGCUGCGCCACCCCUAUCUCGCUCGUCUGGACCAAGUCGACUGGCUCAACGGGCUGUUCGAGCUAUCGUACGCCAUGAUGUCGAUGGUUUCGGGGCUGUUGUGGUUGGGCUGGACCAUGUAUUUCGCCGCUGUGGCCGUCACUAGUGGGCGAGUGUUGCGCGGCCAGCCGUUCUUCGGCACGCGGCGGCAGCAGCUGUCGUACCGCGUGAUGGUGAUGCAGGGCAUGCUCGUGGCGGUGCUCUUCGGGAUGUCGGUGGGUGUGGACAUCUUCUACCUCGUGGGGCACCUGUUGAGGCAGCAGGUCGUGGUUGGCGCCUCGACCGGAUUCACCCUGAAAUCCAUGACGAGCGCCGCGGCGGGACUAUCGGCCUGGACGGGCGGCAUUCGGCAGCCUCUCGGGAAGCUGAUCCUGGUGAGCGCCGUCUGCUACAACGUGGCCUACCUCUUCUUGCCCCCGACACACUCCGUCAAGCGCCUCUUCGACCGCAUGUACAUCAACAUGGAGAGAGACAUGCCUCCAAGGGAGGUGGUGAGGAGGUACAAGGACAGUCAAGAGCUGUCCCCGCUAUUCUGCGUGGAGACGAGUUGCUUCCUGGUGGAAGUGGCAUGGCAGGCGUACUACGACCCCCACAAGGUCGACCUUUCCGACUUCGUCGCGCCGGGGCGGCAGGACCUGUCCUACCUCGGCCUCGAGUUAGUGGCAUACUUCAACGAUGAGAAGCACGAGAUCCGAGCCAUCCUCUGUCGAGGAGAGGACCGCCUCAUUCUCGCCUUCCGUGGUACCGCCAGGAUGGAAAACCUCAUGACGGAUCUCAAGUUUCAUCAGGUUCCACUUCCCCAGCUUCUCCCCCCGGGAAGAGAGCCGAUCGAGAUACAGCUUCCAGACGGCAACAGCCGGCGCUACAGCAAUGUCUUCAGCGAUAACGACGCCCAGAGGGACUCCCGCUCGUACUCCAACAACAGCACCAGCAAGCGCAACCGCAGCCGCAACUUCGACGGCGGAGUUGGAAGCGGUGACGGCCCCUCUUGGUCCCGCUCGGACGUUUCGCGCUCCCGUUCUCCGGCGCGUUCCUCGGCCACCGCCGCCGCUCCCCGCGGAGCGAGAAGGGCGGAGGCGGCGAGGUUCUCGCCCGCCCGAGUGGGCCGAGGUUUGUCCCCGACCAAUCGUCCCGCCGCCGCCGCCGCCGCCGCCGCCGCCGCCGCGACGAAGACUCCCGCUUCUCCUCGGAAGGUUGUGUCGGAUUCCACGCCGCGUGGUGUGGAGGGGCGUUCCGCUCCCGAAGGCGGCGGUGCCUCCCGCGGAGGUGGGGAAGGAGAGGAAGCCGCUGGUGCUGCUGCUCCCGGCGGUGGUGAUGGUGGAGCCGCGUCCGGGGCGACGUCGUCAUUGCCAGAAGCGGGGGCGACGCCCUCGGUAGCCGAGGCCGGGGGUGGGGGUGAGGGUGCGGGUACGGACGGGGAGGAGCAAGGGUCGGAGGGCGGAGUAUCACGCGACGAGUCUGUGGCACGGAGAGAGAAGCAGCCGGGUGCUGGUGAUGCUGCCGAUGAUGAGACAUGUAAGCCGGAACAGGCGGCUGCGACGGGGGCUCCCGCCCCGUCCCGUCCGAAGAACCCGAACGACCUCGUCCGAUUGUUCAUGUCCGAGAGCGGCGGCGGUAGCAACGGCAGAGCACACACCGUUGGUGGCGGUGGCGGUGGUGAUGGUGGUGGUGGUGGUGGUGGUGGUGGUCGUGUUGUUGACAGUCAGUCCGCAGCUGCCUCCGCCCCCGCUGACGUUGGCAGUGGUACCAACAGCGCUGACGGCGGCAACGGUACCGACAAUGAUAGCAAGGACGGGCAUGUCGAUGUCGAAGGUGACGCCGAUGCCGACGCUCAACAGCACGUCCCAGCGGCCGGAGACGGGCAAGAAGAGGGACAGGGGCUCGAGGGACAGCACUGGGCUGAUGGUUCUUCGGUAGGCGGCGGGGGUGACAGCGACGGCGAAAGCAAGUUCGGAGGCGAUGCGUACAACAACGAUGCUGUUGGCGACGGCGACGAUUUGGAAGCAGCUGGUGGCAACUUUGGGGAGGGGGAUUUCCACAUCGAUCCCCGGGGAGACGGGAGUUUCACCACCACCGCGGCGCGCUGCUUCAAGGCAGUCAUACACAGGAUCCCCGUGGCGAGACAAGCCUUGCCCCGAGUCCAUGGCGGCUUCUGGGAGGCGUACUCCGUGCUGAGGGAGAGGGUGCUGGCGGCACUUGCGGCGGAGAUGCAGGACGAUUAUCGGCCUCUGUACGUGACCGGACACAGCCUCGGCGGCGCGCUUGCCUCUCUGGCGGCCUACGACAUCGACAAGAACUUCACGCUGCCCGACCCAACGACGCUCUACACGUUUGGAUCCCCUCGCGUUGGCAACGGGGUGUUUGCGCGCAAGCUGGACAGCAGGGUGAAGCACCACUUCCGCCUCGUCAACGACGGUGACCUCAUCACGGCUCUGCCUCGCUUCUUCGGGACCUACAAGCAUGCAGGCUGCAAGGUCGUCGUGGACUCGGAGAGAUACGGCAACUUCAUCGUGGCGCCAACGCUGGUGGAACAAACCUUCGGCGCCAAGCCGCUCGCGAGCCUGACUCCGCACCUGCUGAACCAGUACCGCGAAUGCCUAGAGGCCUGCAUGGAAGAGGCGGAUCUGGAGGACUACUUCAGUAGGGGCAUUGGGGUGGACCCCACGCUUGUGCCCGAAUGGCUCAAGGGCAGGCGGAGAAGGCGCAAGGAGGAUGAGCCAGCCCUUUUGUAGUCACACAGACGCUCGUGACGGGACGAUUGGAGAUAUCCGAAAACAAGUAACCAGCGAAAGGUAUAGUUGGCAGCCGGGUCAAGCGUCGCGUUUAGGGGCUGCAGAGAGAAGAGAGGCCACACGCAAAGUGUUGUUCCCCUACAAGACAGCGCGCAUUCUGCGGGGAAAGGGUGACAGUGCUGAUGGGGACGCCUGCCAAUCGAACCAACGAUUCAUGGAGAAUGCGGCGCCCACAUGUGUUUUCGAAGCAUGCCCUGUUUUUCAUAUGCCUUGCUGGUAUACCAAGUUACAGCAGCACGGACGCUUGACGCUCGUCUCUUGCGUUCGCGCUAGUUUUU